UCUUGAACUAUAAUCAGUACGAUAACAUCUUAAUAUAUAAGUGUUGGUAUUAGCUUGCAUCUUAUAAAGAUAAAUUCGUAAUUUGACAUUAGUGAAUAGAAAAAAUGACUCCUAAAAAUUCGGAAACCGAAUUCUCUAAAAUAGAACUUGAGGAAUUUGACGAACCACCAAAUGUUUCCAAACUAGCCGAAGAUCUUUUAAUCGCAGUCCAAAAAAACGCCAUUCCCGAAAUUAAACACCUAGUUUCGCAAAAUCGGAGUAUCCUAUCAUACGAAUACCCAUUUUACGAGCACCAAACCAUCCUACUACUGGCCUGUAACGACUCACACAACAUGUGCUCAGUGACACGCGAAGUCAUCGAAACUUUAAUCGAACUCGGAGCGAAUUGUAACGAACCCAGCAGAAACGACCACUGGGAACCCCUCCAUUACACCGCCCUUAACGCCAACAAAACCAAAAUGCAAACAAUUCUCCCACACAGCCAAAUCAACUCGCUGGUCUACUGCUCCAAACAAACCACCAAAAAGUACGACUUUUGCCCCACCAUCAAGGACUCGUACUCAAACAAUGCCCUGAACGUUCUCCUGAAAUGCGGCAACCGCCAGAAACAAUUCGUCCAAUGCUGCCAACUUCUGAUUGAAAACGGGAUCAACGUAAACCAGACCGAUAGCAACGGCGUGUCCCCGUCUGAUUUAAUCUGGAAAAUGGACAACAGCGAACUUAAACAACUACUCAGAGAUAAGACAAGCCCGAAAAUCGUUGAUAACACCUUCGGGAACAUAAAACUGAGCAAAAUCCAGCGCUUCCUCUCCUUGGACUUGUCACACGAAGACGUGGACAGAGUAGACGGUGCCGAUUGUCCAACUUCCAGCUGCACAAUCCUGCAGUUGUGCUGCGCCAAAGGACUGACUUCGUGUGUCGUCCACCUUUUGGAAAAAGGCGCAAACCCGAAUAAAACCAUCCCGAAGAACCCCAACUUGCCGGUCAUGAUCGCCGUCAAUUCCGACCACAAGGAAAUCGUCGAAAUACUCCUCCAGAAGAACGCGGAUUUGCCCAACAAUGUGUUACUCCACUUGCAGCAAUUGCACCGAGAUGACGACACUCUGGUCCUGGCUGAUAGAUACUUAAAAAUAAUUUUGAGACACUUGGCUCGGUUUGAAGCCACAACUGUCCAGAAAUAUUUAAGUUGUAAGGACGAACAGGGUCGGAGUGCUUUACACUACGCCAUUUCCUACGACUGUCGUGAGAAUAUUUUAGCGCUCCUGGCACUUGGAGCCUCCUUGGUGGAGAAAGACGACUUCGGGAACAAAUUACUUGAGUCAAUUGAGCCCAAAACUUUGGAGACUUUUUUCGAGAAUAAUUGCAAAGUAGCGCAAAGUCGCACAAAUGGGGAGAGUAAGUUUACAGUGACCAUUGAUUACAAGUCUCUGGUUGCGGAAACAAGCCCUGAUAGUGAUUUUCUCCACACUAUGACGAAAAUUCCCGAGUUGAACUACUUGACCAAUCACCCCGUGGUGGCGCUUUAUUUGGCCAUGAAAUGGACCAAAUGUCAGUGGUUUGUUUACUUCAACUUGCUGCUCUAUUUCUGUGCCUAUGUUUCGUUGCUGGUUUAUGGUUUCACGUUCCGGGGAAUUACCGAAAGUUACAGCUCGUUUCUCAUGUUUGCCUUUUUUCUCCUAUUGUUUGGAGAGGUGUUACAGAUUGUAACCUUCCGAUUUUAUUAUUUCAGACGCUUGGAUAAUUACAUUGAUUUAUUCCUACUGUGUGGGCUCUUGUAUAUUAUAGCCUCCGGUUGGUUUAACACUUUGAAUAACAGGAACUUAUCAGUGGCGUUUUCCCUAGUUUUCCUCACUUCCACCCUUGGCAUUUUCAUGCAGUUGGGCAAUUUCUCGUUUUUCACAGUCAAGGUUAUCAUUUUGCAAGAAAUCACGAUCACGUUUUUCAAAUAUAUAGCGUUUUAUAGUUUUCCCUUGGUGGCGUUUUUUUUCUGCUUUUACAUGCUGAACGAUGACAAAGACUAUUUGUUUUUCCCAAUGCUUUACGAAACUGUGACCAUGUUCACUGGGGAUUUUGACGCCGAUUAUCCAAUGCACUUCAAACGAAACCCAAUUUUCGGGCACUUGAUUUACGUGGUUUUCGUCAUCUUGAUUGGGAUUAUUUUGCACAACUUGCUGAUUGGUCUAGCGGUCAAUGAUUUGCAAGCGAUUUGUUACGAAGCGAAGUUUAUCGAUAAGAGGGAACGCUCGAAAUAUAUAACAAAUGUUGAAAAUGUUCUCUUUACCAAGUUGCAAAAGUCCUAUUAUUUUAGACCGAUGUUUGAAAACGUGCUGAAUUUUUGUCGCGUGUUCGAUAAUUUUGACUACACCCUAACGGUUUAUUCAGACUCGAAGACGUUUUAUUUGGAGAAAAUGGGGAAAAAAAUUGUGAUUCGUGAUCAAAAUAUAAUCACGUUUUUGCAAAAUGGGAUUAAGGAUGGCUCUCUUAAAAAUAAAAGUACUGAAGAUUCGUACUCGUUGAAGAGCUUGCAUAAGAAAAUUGAAGAGUUGGAAAAACUAAUCAAAAAUUUAAAUUUUUCCGAAACAAAAUCAUAACAAUUUUUACCGCAAUUUCGACAAACCCUUUACUUUUUUUCUAAAUAUAAUAAUAAAUUGAUAUUUUGAACCUUAA